AGGACGUCUCUCGCUUCUCUGCCGAGGAAGGUGCAUAACGCGCGCUCGCAAAAACGAGCGCUCGCACCGCAAGCAAGCCGCGGUUAUGUUUCUCGAUGGAGAGCGCUUUAACGACAAUGGCAGCAACGUCCCCGUCGAAGAGAAGACUGCAGAAGGAGUUGAUGUCUUUAAUACGUGAGCCUCCACCAGGUGUGCAUGUAGAUGGAGAAUUGGCUGGACAAAACCUGACACAAUGGAUUGUCCAUAUGGAAGGUGCUAAAGGCACGCUGUAUGAGGGAGAGCAGUUUCAACUCCAAUUUAAAUUCAGUUCGAAAUAUCCAUUUGAUUCGCCAGAAGUGACUUUUAUCGGUGGAAAUAUCCCUAUACAUCCACAUGUCUACAGCAAUGGUCAUAUUUGUUUAUCUAUAUUAACAGAGGAUUGGUCUCCUGCUCUCAGUGUGCAAAGCAUUUGUCUGAGUAUUGUUUCCAUGCUAAGCAGUUGCAAAGAAAAGAAGAGGCCACCUGACAAUACAUUUUAUGUGAAAACUUGCAACAAGAAUCCAAAAAAGACGAAAUGGUGGUAUCACGAUGACAGUGUGUAAUAUUGAAGAUCAUGCAAAGAUCUUAUCAACUUGUCAACAUAAGAUUGUUGGACCAAGUGAACAUUCAAAAUGGAACCUGAUGCAUUAAAAAAUAGAAUUUUGCAUGUAAUAUUGGGUUGUGACAAAAAUUUAUAACAGUCUUUUAAUGAAAUUCCAAAAUAAUUAUUACAUUACAUUCAUAUGAGAUACAUGGAGUAUCUUUCUAAUAUCCUGUAUUGUAUGAGUUAUUCUUUAUUAGUAG